UCCAAAACUGACCCAUCAUGUACCAAUCAACAUAUAAAAGGAGAGAGACGGAUAGAUUAAGGUUAGGGAUCGAGAAAGAAGAAAGGUCACCAUGAUGAUAAGGCAUAACAACAGCAAAAAGACAAAGAUUGGUAAGGAUUCAAACUCACUUCCUCCCGAUCUACUGAUCGAGAUCUUGAGUAGAUUGCCUGUAAAAGUUGCGUCUCGGUUUUUCCUUGUAUCCAAGCUAUGGUCAACUAUCAUCAGCAGCCAAGACUUCAUCAGAUCGUUCCCGUCGCAUUCGAUUCAGCCACAUCCACCACGUCUUCUCUACGCUGUAAAUAACAUAGAAAAACAAAACGGAUUCUACAAGUGGUUUUUCUACUCGUCACCAUCAACAACUCUCGUAGAGGAGGAGAUUAUAUUUCAAUCUUCUAUCUCUCGUACCACGUGCGAGAUUUGGAGUCAGUCUCCCAGCCAUGUUCAUUACGUCAAUGGCUUGAUAAGCUUUGGAUAUGGUGAGAAACAAAUCAUAACUAGCCCUAGCACCGGUAAGACCAUAUACUUACCCAAAGUGAGAUCAAGAAAACAAAUCAUUCGAAGUUAUUUCGGAUUUGAUCCAGUUGAAUCCCAAUAUAAAGUGCUAGCAGUGUGCAUGUCUGAUAAGGUGGGUGACUACUCCAAAGUUCCUUCUUCUGAACAUAAAGUGUUUACAUUAAUGGGAAGAGAAGGAAGAGUUGCACAAACAUGGAGGAUGGUUAAGUGUAACACUAGUCCUCAUUGUCCUAAAACUAUGCAUCAAUGGGGUUUUGUAUUAUGUCGCUUCCACGGGAAAGAAAAGGAUGUCUGAAUGGUUCUUAAUGAGGUUGGAUGUGAGGACCGAGAAGUUGGGUCUCCUUUCUCGACUAUCCUGGAGGUUAUACGAUUUGGAUCGUCUAUCUUUGAUAAACUACCAAGGAAAAGUGACCUUUGUCGUUCAAACUUG